ACUGGUCGACACUUCAACAUCCGCGGCAUACAAACAUUCCAGACUAAUACUUACAUACAUAUCCUUGCGGAAUUUCCUUCUUGUUUCUGUCAAGACUCGAUCGUUUCGAUCUCAAGGACCGCUCGCGCCUUCCUAAAUACUCCCACCCUGUCACUUGCGUUUGGACCCUGCAGCCUUAUGACACACGCGUCCGUCCGUCACCUUCACCCACCUCCUACUUACAACAUUGUGAAAACAGUAAUUCACUCGAGUUUGUCGGCGCCAACCUUGCGAUCGUGUGCCUGCUAUCAGGUUUACGGCGGCAGUGACAUUGCAUCUUCAUGCAAACCUUCUCAGACAAGACCGGCAGGCACUACGGAAUACUGUAACUUAGCUCUUACCUCUUCCAACCAACAUGGUGUCGUUUACCGCUCGUCAACUCAAGGCCAUCGAGGUCUCGGAGCGCACCAUGUCUGUUUUGUCGCUACUGGGUUCACUGUUUAUCAUCAGCACAUUCCUGCUCUGCAAUCAGUACCGUAAGCCGAUAAACCGUCUAGUCUUCUAUGCCACUUGGGGAAACAUCAUGGCCAAUGUUGCGACACUCAUGUCAACUUCAGCGAUACCAAAGGAUCCCAAUGAAUUUACUGCACUUUGCGAGUUUCAGGGCGUGUUGAUACAAUGGUUCAUGAUGGCAGACUCGCUCUGGGUCUUCUGCAUGGCCCUGAAUGUGAUGCUAGUUUUCUUCCAUGGCUAUGGUUCCCAUCAGCUGCGCUGCUUAGAGAAGUGGUACCUGCUUUUUGCCUAUGGUAUACCUUCUGUUCCAGCUUUGAUAUAUAUUUUCCUCGACCACUACGGGUCUCGACGUAUCAUUGGUCCUGCAACUAUUUGGUGCUGGGUCAGGGAGGAAGUGGCAUGGAUGCGCAUUGCAUUUUUCUACGCUCCUGUGUGGGUUUGUGUGUCUGCUACCUUGGCCAUUUACGUCGUCACUGGUUUCAGAAUCUUCAAAAGACGUGCCAUCUUGCGCUCUUUUUCCAGACAGUCGAGAUAUCCACCGACAGUAAAUGAGUAUGCUAUUGAAGGAAGCCUGGCAAAUCCCUUCACUGUCGGCAACAACAUCGUUGUGACCACGCAGAUCGAGUACGAAAACCACCCGCAUAAUCCGAGUUCAUGGCCCACGUCGUCCGAUAUUGAAAACAGAUCGGCGAGCUCGUUCUCGAGCACCCGCAAUCUAUCACCUAUAUCUCCUGUAGAAGAGUCACCCUCGAGGGUGUCAGCGGAAGCGCACACAUCCCACAUACAUUGGGAGAUUGGAGCAUCACUGGAAGCACAAGAUGGUCCGCAUAAACACCACGGACAUACGCGUAGCGGUUAUAGUGCAACCGUUUCCGCUGCGAACCGCCUCGAGGUAUCAGCUCCCACCCCACCCGGAUCAUCACCUGCUGCUCCGAAGCAUUCAAACAUCCGUUUGAGAAACGUAGACGGUCACGAUGCGGCGUUUGCGUAUCUCAAAGUCGCCUUCCUCAUGUUUGUGGCCCUUAUUGUGGUUUGGGUGCCAUCAACUAUCAAUCGACUGGAGCAGUUUGUUUAUCGAGACCAACCCCGUAAUCUCAGCUACGGCCUCAACCUUGCCUCUGCGUUAGUUCUCCCUCUACAGGGAUUUUGGAAUGCUAUGAUCUACAUUUCGACGACAUGGCCUGAGUGUAAACGGGCGUGCAGGCACAUCAGGUCGAGAAUCACUGGAACCGCACCUCGAUACCAAUCGUCGCAGCACACGUAUUGCGAGGACACGAUGACAAGUUCCAGAAAGACACAAGAUUCUGACGCUGAGAUUCCACUUGAGGAGAUGCUUAAGCAAGGAGGACAAGUGUGCUCCUCUCCCGUAUCCGUUCCUGAUAGUGUAGCGGCGACCAAGCCUCACCUCAACCCGGAGCCUUCGUGAGAGGCAGUUGUUUCUCGACGUCACCGUGCAACUGUGGCGGUUCUAUGGUGCAACAACACAUCCUGUUCUGGCGUGGCAAACCUCAGCUGACACGAAUUUACUGCCACUCAGCGCGCGUUCGAAGCAGGACUUUGUACCUGUACUACUUUUUUGUUAUUUUUAAUUCUUCACGUACUCCUUUCUGGGUACGUAUUUCGAUAUACUUGCUGCUACGGCUUUCAUGAUAGACAGUUGAGUACCGGCUAUCUAUCUUCGGUGUCCAGGAUGGACUGAUGUAUGAUUCGAGAUGAGAUACCCAGGGCAUACCAUGCGCGGCGUUUUACAAAGGUCAUUGAUGUUACGG